UGGGCCGCGUUCCUCUCUCGUUCUCGGACGCCGCUCCGGCUGCCAGCAGCCGCCCUUCCCCGCGCCGGACGCAGUACCUCGGCUCUCUGAGGCCGGACCGAGCCCGCAAGCAGCGCCGCGGGGUGUGAGGCGGACCCAGGAGAUGAAAUGACAACGUCAACCCUCCAGAAAGCCAUUGAUCUGGUGACCAAAGCCACAGAAGAGGAUAAAGCCAAGAAUUACGAGGAGGCGCUCCGACUCUACCAGCAUGCUGUGGAGUAUUUCCUACACGCUAUCAAAUAUGAGGCACACAGUGACAAGGCCAAGGAGAGCAUUCGAGCCAAGUGCAUGCAGUACCUAGACCGGGCAGAGAAGCUGAAGGAUUAUUUGCGGAACAAGGAGAAACACAGCAAGAAGCCAGUCAAGGAGAAUCAGAGUGAGAGCAAGGGCAGCGAUAGUGACAGUGAAGGGGAUAAUCCAGAGAAAAAGAAAUUGCAAGAACAACUGAUGGGUGCCGUCGUGAUGGAGAAGCCCAACAUUCGGUGGAAUGAUGUGGCCGGGCUGGAGGGGGCCAAGGAGGCCCUCAAAGAAGCUGUCAUAUUGCCAAUUAAAUUCCCACACUUGUUCACAGGCAAGCGUACCCCCUGGCGAGGGAUACUGCUCUUCGGACCCCCUGGCACAGGGAAAUCCUACCUGGCCAAAGCGGUGGCAACAGAGGCCAACAACUCCACCUUCUUCUCUGUGUCCUCCUCAGACUUGAUGUCCAAGUGGUUGGGGGAGAGUGAGAAGCUAGUCAAGAACCUGUUUGAGCUGGCCAGGCAGCACAAGCCUUCCAUAAUCUUCAUCGAUGAGGUGGAUUCCCUCUGCGGAUCCCGCAAUGAAAAUGAGAGUGAGGCUGCCCGAAGGAUCAAAACAGAGUUCUUGGUCCAGAUGCAGGGGGUGGGGAAUAACAACGAUGGGACUCUGGUUCUUGGUGCCACAAACAUCCCGUGGGUGUUGGAUUCGGCCAUUAGAAGGAGGUUUGAAAAGCGGAUUUACAUCCCAUUGCCAGAGGAGGCUGCCCGUGCCCAGAUGUUCCGCUUGCACCUGGGUAGCACCCCCCAUAACCUCACGGACGCCAAUAUUCAUGAGCUGGCUCGGAAGACAGAAGGCUACUCAGGUGCAGACAUCAGCAUCAUCGUGCGGGACUCCCUCAUGCAGCCUGUUAGAAAAGUACAGUCAGCAACACACUUCAAAAAGGUCUGUGGCCCUUCCCGCACCAACCCUAGCAUUAUGAUCAAUGACCUCCUGACGCCAUGCUCACCAGGGGACCCAGGGGCCAUGGAGAUGACUUGGAUGGAUGUCCCUAGUGACAAACUCUUAGAGCCUGUGGUUUGCAUGUCGGACAUGCUCCGGUCUUUGGCCACCACUCGGCCCACCGUGAAUGCAGAUGACCUCCUGAAAGUGAAGAAAUUCUCAGAGGACUUUGGACAGGAGGGUUAAAAGCUUCUUCACGCUGGUGACGGUGAAGGGAAAGCCAUAGUGACAGGCUCAAGGCUUGACUCUUCCACCGGGAGUUCUGAUGCUGGAGCUGUGGGCUCCGGCACUGGCUCCUUUUCAUCUAGACAGAAGACCACCUCUCUCUUCGGCAGGAUGAAGGCGAGCGGCUCCUGGACGACGCUGAUGUUCACAUGUCCAAGGUUUCCGUACUUGGAGAGCUGAGUGGGUGGAAUGCCUGACCCAGAUGGUAGGCAAAGUGAAAUGGAAAAACAUUUAACAAGUGUAUAUACUGAUGUGUCACAGGAAAAAAGAAACUUUGUGGAAGUAACUGACACAAUUACCGUAUUUCAGUAUAAUAAGUGACACUGGACAGGAUUCUAUACUGUAAAACAAGACUCUGAAGGUAAUGCAGAACAGCACUGCAGGGCGGAUGGAGUAGGGGGAGUAAGAGCCAAGAGAACCUCAGUAGGCACAGGCUUCCUGUGUCAGGCCCAAGAGAAAUGCUGGGUCCCCCGGGGAAGUGGGGGGUGGGGCGUAAGUGGGGACGGCCACUCUUUGUUUGUGUGAGCACUGGCCCAUUGCCUUUUGGGAAGUUCCGUCUCCCCCAUUCUCCACACCCCCCGCCCCAGGGGCAGAGAGUGAAUAUAGGAAAGUGAAGGCAAGCUGGGAAAUCAUACAAUAUGUGGUUCUUUUGUGAUUAGCUUCUUCCACUUAGCCAGAUAUACACAUAUUAUAUUAUUCCAUUUAUAUGAAAUGUCCAGAAAAAGCAAAUCUAUUGCAUCAGAAAGCAGAUAAAUGGUUGCCGGGGGCUAAAAGUGGAACAAGAGAAUGAUUACUGGGCGUGAGGGAUCUUUUUGGCGUGAUGGAAAUGUUCUAUAAUUGGAUGGUAGUAAUGGUUGUACAUCUCUGUUCAUUUACUAAAGCAUAAUGAAUUUUACAAAUGGGUGAAUUAAUUAUUAUGUGAAUUAUAUCAAUAAAGUAGCUUUAAGGGUC